AUGCUGGGAACAAAAAAACCGCUCUUACUCGCACCCGGUGAUCACUUUGAGUCCGAUUCAAUUCUGAACACCGCUGAUAUACCACAUGUAACAAUUAGUAGAACGUCGAAGCUAGUCCUGGGCCAGCGGCAAAAUUUCAAGGUCAGAACCAGCAGUAGUCCAACACCAGGAGCGAACGUCAUUGGCAUCGUCACUAAAGUCUCACAGCAAAGUAUUCACGCCAUGAUCAAUUCUUCGCUCGAUGCUGAGAUUCCAAUUACCUGUCUUACUCACAGUCAGCGAAACGUGCGGGUAGGGUCUGCUAUCCAAGCUACUGUUCAGUCGGUGUCGUCAAAGAAAGUUCUUUUGACUUUUGAUGUAAACGAAAAAGGAGUCGCAAACGGCGUGCUUCACAAAGGUCGUGUAUUUAGCUUCAGGCAGCAAGUAUCUAUGGGCUGCCGUUGUAAACGCUGGAAGAUGCAGGCGAGAAUGAAGGCGACUUGUCCCACAGACAUUGUACUAAGUCUGAACCAGCAAAUGUGGUUACGAACGACGCAGCGCCGAAAAACACGCGACGUUCACACUCUAUUACUGGAAUGCAUGUGA